GCUCCUGUGACAGCAGCACAUUUGCAGGGGAGAAACCUGGAGGCUAUCCCCAGGAUGCCUGAGACCUCCAAGAAGAUGAGAGCAACUGCAGAAGGAGAUAAAUGAGGCUGUUGCUCUAUAAUCUCAUGGGGACAAAGACAAGAUGACUCACUGGUCAGAAGGAAACUUUGGAUGAGGUCUCUCGCCUGCUGCCGUGCCCAGCCACCCUGGGUAAUUCUAACACGAAACCAAGGGCCAGCCAAGCCACAUGUGUCAAAAGAAGACAGACAUGGCCAUGGAGCAAGCUGAACAUAACCCAAAUGCUACCGUCAACCUCAACUUUGCUGCAAUCUACAAUCUCCAUGAUGGGGAUUUAACCUCCUUGAGAAACUUCUCCUUCCCUUUCAAUUUCAGUUACAGUGAUUACGACCUGCCACUGGACAGUGAAGACGACAUGACCAAAACCCGCACCUUCUUUGCAGCCAAGAUUGUGAUCGGGGUGGCUCUGGUUGGCAUCAUGCUGGUCUGUGGCAUUGGCAACUUCAUCUUCAUUGCUGCUCUCGCCCGCUACAAGAAGCUGCGAAACCUCACCAACCUGCUGAUUGCCAACCUGGCCAUCUCAGACUUCAUUGUGGCCAUCGUGUGCUGCCCCUUUGAGAUGGACUACUACGUGGUGCGGCAGCUGUCCUGGGAACAUGGCCACGUCCUCUGUGCCUCAGUCAACUACCUACGGACUGUCUCCCUCUAUGUUUCUACCAAUGCUCUCCUGGCUAUAGCUGUUGACAGGUAUCUGGCCAUUGUUCACCCACUGAAACCACGCAUGAAUUAUCAAACUGCAACCUUCCUAAUUGCCUUGGUGUGGAUCGUCUCCAUACUUGUAGCUAUCCCAUCUGCGUAUUUUGCUACUGAAACAGUGUUAUUUAUAGUGAAAAACCAGGAGAAAAUUUUCUGUGGUCAAAUUUGGCCAGUUGACCAGCAGAUGUACUACAAAUCAUACUUCCUCUUCAUCUUUGGCAUUGAAUUUGUUGCACCUGUGAUUACGAUGACCUUGUGUUAUGCCAGGAUCUCUCGGGAGCUUUGGUUUAAAACCGUACCAGGAUUUCAGACCGAACAGAUCAGAAAGAGGCUUCGAUGCAGAAGAAAAACCGUUAUGGUACUGAUGUGCAUCCUGACUGCCUAUGUUCUCUGCUGGGCACCUUUCUAUGGCUUCACAAUUGUCCGUGACUUUUUCCCCACCAUCUUUGUGAAAGAGAAGCAUUAUCUUACUGCUUUUUACAUAGUUGAAUGCAUUGCUAUGAGUAACAGCAUGAUAAACACCAUGUGUUUUGUAACUGUAAAAAAUAACACCAUGAAGUAUUUCAAGAAGAUCAUGUUGCUCAGAUGGAGAUCAACAUAUAAUGGAAGCAAAUCUAGCACAGAUUUAGACCUAAGAACAAGUGCAAUGCCGGUCACAGAGGAGGUAGACUGCAUAAAACUGAAAUAAAUUUUCUGCAGUUCUAAUGUCACAUAUUUUGGAGCGGGGGUAAAGAGGAAAUAAUGCCUCCUCAGAAGCUUCUCCCUUGUCUGUGGGGAUACCCACCAUUGGUAAAAGUCCUUGAAAAGCAGCCAACUAUGCAUUUCCAUGAGAACUCUUUUCACUGGACUGCUGUAUAAUCCCAUA